AUGGCUCUUGCACCUGCAUACUUGACCUCACAGGUCAAUACGACCCUGGGAAAUUUCGGGGUUCAGUAUGUCGAGGCCGGUGAACCAUGCAAUCCGACAGUGCUCUUACUUCACGGCUACCCGACCUCAGCCACUACUCAAUUCCGAGACCUGAUCCCUCUUCUCGCUGUCUCCUACCACAUCUUGGCCCCCGACCUGCCUGGCUUCGGUUUCACUACCUCCCCCGAUGGCUUCAAAUAUACUUUCGACAACCUUGCCGCCGUCAUCAUCGAGUGGGUGAAGACACUACAACUCAAGAACUUCUCCAUCUACGUCUUCGACUACGGCGCUCCCGUCGGCUGGAGACUCUCACUUGCCCUUCCCGACCAGAUCAGCGCCAUCAUCAGCCAAAACGGCAACGCCUACGAAGAAGGCUUCGGACAAGAGUUCUGGCAACCCGUCUUCAACCUCUGGAAUUCCAGCAAUGGCGUAGCCGAGCGAAAGAUCGUGCAGGAAAACGUCCUCACCCUCGAAGGUACCAAGUACCAAUACGAAGCCGGCGUACCGGAGGCGGAUUUGAAGUUGAUCAACCCCUUCACGUACACAUUCGAUUAUCUCAAGAAUUUGGCUGGCCCGGCGGAGCAGGAGCGACAGACCGAUCUUUUCUACGACUACCGCACGAACGUUGCGAUGUACCCGAAGGUACACGAAUGGUUCCGUAAGACUCAGGUCCCUCUUCUGGCUGUGUGGGGUAAAGGAGAUCCGGCAUUCAUCCCCCCUGGAGCAGAGGCCUUCAAGAAAGAUUUACCUCAUGCGAUCGUGCGGUUCGUCGACUCGGGUCACUUUGCGCUCGAGACCAAGGUCCAUGAAAUCGCCGCAGCUGUGAAGGACUUCUUGGGGGCGCAGCGACUCUAA